CGAUUCUCGACCGCCUGACCGCCCGCCCCUGCUGCUGUCCUGCUGUCUGAUCUGACUCAGUGUGCGUGUCACUGUCAGUAUGUUUUCUUUUUCCUUUUUUUUUUCUUAAUAAUUAUUGGACAGAUGCAAAUGAAAGAGCAGAGAGAGAGAGAGAAACAAAGGAUGGGAACGGAGUAGGCGGCGGUCAAGAAAAAAAAAAAAAAGAGUGAAUGAGGCAGGGGAAGGGAGUGUUGACUUGCUUUCGCCGGCAGCUUCCAGCAGGUAGGCAGGGGGUGGAGGAGGAAUUGAACAGAGUCGGCAAAUUGAACUAUCCCACUACCAGUAGUACCCCAUCAAUCACAGAGCAGGAAUGGGAUCUGAGGGUUCUGAGAGAGCGGUGCAUAGGGGAGGAUGCCACUGCCGCAGUGUGAGAUGGGAAGUGGAAGCCCCGACCAGCGUCGUUGCCUGGCGGUGCAACUGCUCCGACUGCUCCGUGAGGGGCAACACUCACUUCAUCGUCCCUUCCCGCGAUUUUAAGCUCUCCCCUGAUUCCCAGCAAUUCCUCACUACCUACACCUUCGGCACCCACACCGCCAAGCACACCUUCUGCAAAAUCUGCGGCAUCACCUCCUUCUACACCCCGAGAUCCAACCCCGAUGGAGUCGCCAUCACCUUCCGCUGUGUUGAUCCCGGAACUCUGGUCCACGUAGAGAUCAGGCCCUACGACGGGAUCGACUGGGAGAGCUCUCACAGCUCCACAGGCAUUGCUUCCUGUUCCCAAACCCAAAACAUGAAUUGAAGGAAAGAGGGAGCGGCCACUCGCCAAGCUGCUCUCUGCUGCUUGCUUUCAGUCAUGUGUUGCUCUGCCCUUCCUUGGCUUCCAGAUGAUGAUGAUGCAUUGCAUUUGCCGGCUGCAAUUUCCCAAUUUGAUCUUCUAAUUAAUGAUAUCUCAAUGAUCAAUAAUGUAUCUUGUAAUUAGAGGCUCUUCUUUCUCUUCCACUGAAGAAAGAAUCCUCGUUUUUUGAAGUCGAAGAGUUGAGAUAAGCUAAAAGAAAAGGGGGAAAAAAAAUAAAAAAAAGUCUUGCUGGAAUGCUUGAAAGCGGCUUGGCUCACUGAACCGACCCUUUGUCCCCUUGCUUCCUUGGCUCACUGCUUUCUUGGGUGAUUUUUCCUUCUAUUUCUACU